GAAUUCAUCAACAGUGCCUCGCCCAAUCUGGCCUCGUGUAAGCGGUCUUGUGGAAGAUCUCCAUAAGGAAACCAGCAAAAGUGACGCCCCCGGUCAGAAGCAAAAUGCGCUUGAUAUUGUCAAGCAAGAUUUACGGUAUGUAACGUCCAUAAAUGUACUUCCACGUCGUCUUCGCUCACGCACUAAGUCAGUUAAUCAAAUUCCAGGAAAGGGUGGAAUCUAUGAUGAGUUUCCCGAACACAUUCCUUUUAGAGACAGAGAGGACUCUGAUAUAUCCAGAUACUUCAGGAAUGACAACCAAAGUACUGGUUACCAACUUAUGUCACUUCAUCCAGAUUCUUUAGUUUCUGAAGACACACUUCGUAUGAUGAGGUAUAGCCAGCAUGAGGAUCUCUUUCCUGAAGAGGACGAUCUUGAGUCAGCAAUUCAGUUUACUUCAAGAGAAUCCCCCCUGAUGAUGCCAGAUUUCAGCCAAGCCAUGUAUACAAGAGGACUUUAUGCGACAUUGAAUAGAGCAGCUUCUCUUAACACAAAAGAUAUCGUCAAACCCCCUUAUAAAAACAAAAGCAGAAGCUUUGAUAUUACUCACCGAAGCUUCAAGUCAAGUGUCAAAAAAAAGGGAUUGGCAAAUGUUAAAGACCUUUGGGAAAAGAGUGGACUAAAGACAAAUGGUAGAAAACUUUUAGUGGACGUUAGUGAAGGGAUAUCCAGCAAGGGGGAGGAUCAUGAUGAAUCACGGAAACAGGCUUUCAGCGGCAGCAAUAUGCAGCAGCUAAAAAGCCUCGAGUCUAUCCUCAUGGUUACUGAAAGUCGAUCCGCAAAGUUGGAUAGCAACGACACUCUUUUAACGAUGCAAAGUUCCCACACUUAUGAAGACCUCACCAGUUUUGACAGCAAAUAUCCUAGUCAUCCAAAUACCGAAUCCAUGGAAAGCAAGUCGUCUGGUACGUAUGCUGAAAUAGGCGACAUUAUUAUAGAAGGUAUUGAAAACCCCGCUUUCCUUGGGGACGAAGAGCACGCUGAAUAUACCAGUGCACAGCCUUCCGCUCUCGUUGAUAACAGGAAGAAAGCAACUAACAAAAAAGUGCUAGACCCGGACAGACUUGCACAGUUUAAGAAAAAAAUUAAUGAAAAAUUACAGGGUGCCCCUCUGCACCGCAUGCAAUGGCUGGAUCUUGAUGAAAUAGUAAUCGAUGACAUUGGAGAUAGACAGGAAAGAAGGGUAAAAUUUACUGCAGACACCUUCAACCCGAACAGCAUGAGGCGGGAGGUAGGAGGCAGCCAUCAAGACCGACCGUUUCCAGGCGCAGUUGUCAGACAAUAUCCAACUGACAAAGAUGACGCUAUGGAAGGAAGCAGCCCUCAGAAAGUUAGCCGAGACUCAAGUGAAGUUGGCCGAAGGGGUAUAUGGACAACUUCCGAGAGCUACCGAGAAAGAUUCCAGGAAGCUCCCAAAGGCACAGUGGGUCGAGAGAGACGGCAGCAAUUGUGGGAGUCGUACUAUGGCAUGGGAGGCCACAUGGACCGCACGCUCCCGAGGCACCUAGCUCCGCACCCGAACAGCAAGGCGCCCUUCUGCGGGAAGCCUGGGAACUGCCAUGACUUUACCCUGGACCUGUAUCGCGCAGCGAAGCUACGGCAACGGUCGGAGGCUCGGCAGAGGCGCCGUAGAUGCUAUGCCGUCGUGCUGAUCGUGGCAGCGCUCGUGGCUUUCCUCGGAGCCGUUGUCACCAUCUCGUGGUACUAUACUGGAGGCCAGAAAUUCUUCGGCUCCAUGUAGUGCGACGUCUCUUCCGCAGCUCCAAAUCUUUCUUGUUUGCUGGGAUUCUGGAGAUAAACGUUUUGUAUAUUUUUACAGGUUAAUCAGUAAUUAGACCUUUUAUAAUCUCGAAACCAACAUUUGCAUUCUUCUAGGUAACUCCUGCAGUGGUUACUGUAAUAUUUACUGCAAUGUGUGAAUAGAUAUUGUUAUUUACGUUAUAAAUUAUGCAAAUAAUACAGUUGAUCUGUAAUGUCUGAAACCUGUUAAGCUGAAAUCAGAGCACAACUGUCUGCACUGCUAUAGUAUAUACUAAGAGAAAAGCUAGUUUGUACAGAACCGUCGCCGAUAUUAGCUGAUACCUACUUUAUGAGAGUAACAGUGUCACUAACAGCACUGGCAAGCAUGUAUAGUCAUAAAUACACUCUUCAUCAUAUAGAUUAGCCAUGAAAUGUAUAAACUAGCUAGGAAUGACAUUAUGUAUAUGUGUAAUUAUACGUUGUACAAUUGUGUAAAACGCCAUGUGAUGAUAAUUCCGUCCAACUUGUAUAUAAAUGAAGUCUAGAUGUAACCGCAGUUUCUGAUGGAAAUUUGCGCUAUUAAUUUUUUACCGCCUUUUAUACUUCUGCAACAUGCAUUAUUUAAUAUUACAUUUUCUACGAUUUCUAUUGUACUUCUCGAAAAUGCAGCUCUCAAACAUUUCUUACUUUGAAAAUGUCAGUAACAUUAAAUGCCACAGCAUAUCACCAUUUUUGCUGUACAUAUUUCACUUUUCGAGUCUACAACACUCUAUAGGGUAUUUCUUGUCGAAAGCCAUGACUUAUUUUAUAUAUGAAUACUGUCUAUUACUGUCCUUGCUUUGUGAAGAUUCUUGUUUAUCUAGAAAUUUGAUUUGUCUAACAUGUAACCAAUGGCAUUAAGUGGACAUUAAUCUUAAUAUUAUUAUUGCGGUAAUAAAUACUCUGAAUUAUGUUAUUAAUUCACAAGAAAAAACAUAUUUGCCAAAAGGAUUUACGAAUUUCUCCUUAGUGGAUAAACAUCCUAUCGAAUUCUUUGAUGAUCAUUUCUUGUAUAUGUAUAUGGCCUGCAAGUCAAUAUAC